AUGGCAGGAGGAGUCCGCGCAAGACGAAAUGCACAAUGGCCUUGGUCAAGGAGAAAGAACAUGUUCGACCCUCCAACGCCUCUCGACAUAAUCCUCGUGUCCCCUCUGCGGGCAUUGAUCAAUCUGAUCUACCACAUCUUACUCCUAUUCCGAGGCGCGCCCUUUAAGCCACAUCGAAACAAGCCCACAAUUCGAGUCGUCUGCAUAUCAGAUACACAUACAAACACCCUUCCUGUACCUAAUGGAGACCUUCUGAUCCACGCUGGCGAUUUGACGAAUGCGGGGACGGUGGAGCAGAUACAGGCCCAGCUGGACUGGCUAGCUUCGUUGCCCCACAGAGAGAAGAUUGUCAUUGCGGGGAACCACGACAGCUAUUUCGAUCCCAAAUCGAGAAAGGCAGAAGACAAGGGAAAGAAGUUGAACUUCAGGUCUAUCCAUUAUUUGGAGAACAAAGCCAUCACAUUGAAGUUUAAGGGCGGAAGGAAGCUUAAUUUCUAUGGAAGCCCCGAUAUUCCGCAAUGUGGUGGAUCCGAUUUUGCACACCUUCCACCAUGGGAGAAUCGAAUUCCACAAAACACCGACGUACUAAUCACCCAUUGCCCUCCACGAUACCAUCUUGACCUCGACUUGGGAUGCGCUGGUCUACUGGACGAAAUAUGGCAAGUGAAGCCCAAGCUUCAUGUUUUCGGGCACAUACAUUCUGGACACGGUCGAGAGGCUGUAUUCUGGGAUGAGGGACAACUUGCUUAUGAGAGGCUUCAGAGCCGGAAGAAGGGAGGCGUCGUAUUGGACCUUCUUCCUAGUUAUGCUUGGUUAGAUGCAAUAAAAGUGGUCUGGUAUGGAAUCAAGGGUAUUUUGUGGCAGCGAUUGAUGGUGGGUCCCGCCGGCGCAAAUGGUGCGCUGCUUGUCAACGCUGCGGUUGUGUAUCAAAGCACGACGGACGUGGGCAAUCCCGUUGAGAUAGUCGAAUUGUGA